AUGACUCGCAUUAACAACCAGAAAACAGUUGAAGAAAAUACAAGUCAAUUAAACCACAAUCCUUACUUUCAACAAGAAGAUUCUAAUUACGAAGAGGAAGUUCCAACUCUUAUUAUUCAUUCAUCAUCUCCUCCUUCUUCAACUCCAACAACUGUAGCUUUUGAUUAUUCGAAUAGUAGUAAAACAGUUUCGUCCAAUCAACCACAGCUUUCUCUCAAUUUACAAAUUAAUCAAAAUUAUUAUUCAAAUUCUUUUGAUUCACCAGUUAGUAUCAUUUCUCAAAGCGAAGAAGAAAUAGACGAAUCUGAUUUGGAAUUUGCAUCUUUCAAAAGUGUUUCAAAUCAAUAUUUUCAAGUUUCGUCUCCUAUUCAACAAGAAGAGCCAGUUGAAAAUCAAUACAAUAACCAAGAAAUUCAGUCAGUAGAAAUGAUGAACGCAAGUAAUAAUAAUAACAAUUACCAACAACCAAUGAGCCAAGAUUCGUAUAAAUCUUCUGCAAUCGAAUAUGGAAUGCAUCAAGAAGCAAGUGUUCCUUACAAUGACAAUUUAUCAACCAGUCAUGAUUCCUCCACAACAACAAAUUAUCUAUGAUUUACCAAGAGAAACUCCAGAAAUGAUUCAACCAACUCUUAUUCAUGCUCCAGUUGAUGUUGACAUUGAGGCACACCAUAUCAAGGUAGAUGAAGUGGAGAACAAACCAAGGAAUAUUAUUGAGUGGGUGAAGGAGAAUAGAUUAAUGACUGUCUUUAUUGUCAUUACUUCAAUUCUAUUCUUUUAUACAGCUGCCAUGGUCAUUGUGAAUUCAGUU